AUGAUAGUAUUGGGUAUAUUAUCAUGCAUAUACCUUUCUAUUGUCUCAGCUCGAGACUUCUGGCCGUCGUUAUCUUCAGAUGCGGAGAUUGCGGUACGAUCACAAAGAGAUAUGAUGACGAACGUUAGCAUAGACCAGUUACCAUUAGUAGGGGUUGAGCUUGACGACGUCAUAUUCAGAGGUGAAUCGAAUGUGACACAUGCAUUACAGAGUAUUAGUACCCUGUUGGAAGUUGGCGUCCAAGCAUUUGUGGUUGACAUAGAUGCCGAUGAGAGUGUGGAUAACUUGAUGAUAAUGAAUUCCCAAGUGACCUUAGGUAAUCUUUUGAGCGUCUUCAGCAAUUAUAUCAGUUCCACGAACAACUAUCUAGAGGCGAAUGUUCUCGUAAUCCUUCUGCGUCUGCGAUCGGAAAGCAACAGCACAGUUAACUUUCCACCAAAUAUGACACAAUAUCUCGAACAAUAUUUAAAUCUUCAAAAGGUUUAUACGCCAGAACAGCUUCAGUCUGAUAGAAAUAGUGGACAUACUAUUGGUUAUCAAGGAGUAUCGAAUUCAAGCGGGUGGCCAACAUUAAAAUACUUCCUUUACGAAAUUGAAAAAAGAAUAGUCAUAACAUCCAUUUCCGAAGAAUUAUUAACUGAACUUCCUACGAGUAUGAUAUUUGAUUCUUCAACCUUGAACUAUGAAAGUGGAAACGCCACCACUGUUUGUCCCUUGACUUCUGAUAGCCAAAUUACCAGCACCUCCGUCAUUAGUUGGAGAUUCCUGGAAUCUGAAUUUCUUCCGGAUCAUAUCCAUGAAUAUGUCAAGUGUGGGUAUUCUACUGUUAUAUCUAACUAUUACAAUAGUGAUAACAUUUCUGCUAUUUCUGAUCUACUUGAUCGUGGCAUUAUCUGGUCUUGGGGACCUGGUCAACCGAACUCAACCGAAACAAGUUUCGGUAGCAGCAGCACUACACUAGUUGCCUACAGAUGUGCCAUUAUGCAUUAUACUUCUUCAAACUCUUCAACUAGUUGGAGAAUUGGAAACUGCUACGACGAAAAACGGUUUCUAUGCGGGCGAUCAGAUAAUGUAUCAGCCUGGGCCACAGUUAGUGAAGAGAGUGAUUACUUUACAACUGGCGAUGAUAAUGAGAAAACCCUCUGUCCUAGCGGAUACAAAAUCGGUCUCCCCGAAACUCCGCUACAGCAAAGGGCAGUUGAGCUUUAUCUCGAGAGAAUCGAGUCGGACGAUAUGGAUUUAUGGAUCGACCUGAACUGUAUCUCUGUUCCAAAUUGUUGGGUCACCGGCGGGCCUUAUGCAUCCUGUUCUUAUGAGAAAAAUGUUUCCACCCGAAACUUCGUCCAUAUGAUUUCCCCAGUAAGUGUAUUUUCCUUUGUCCUCUUAGUUAUGGUCAUAUACCUGAAUUGGCUGCGAGUUCCCAUACAAGACAAUAGAAAAAGUUGGAAGAGACUUUUAAAUGCACAUUCAAAUUCUGAGUUCGAAGGGGUUCCUUCUUGA